CGAUCCCUAGCGCCUCCUCCUCUUCGAGUCUCAGGGACUCUCGCCUCUAACGCCGACUCCUCUUCGAAGCCACAAGCCACAAGCCACAAGCCACAAGCAUCCUAGGAAUUCUUCAAGAAAUCAAAGUCGAAGAGAUGUCCCGAGCAUUCCAAUCUGAUUUCAAGGACAAGAAGGCUAGCAAGGAACCCCAUAAGGCUUCUGGGAAGCCUUUAGGCCAUUCCAAUGCAGGUGGUGGUAUUAUGGCAAGUGGAUACAACCCAAUUUUGGGGACCUUUCUUACACUUCAGACAUCAUCAGUCUCUUCUGCCCCACCUCUUCAUGGUAAUGGCCGUUUCCAGAACAUAGAUGAGACAGAGAAUCAUAGUGGGAAGUCAUUUGGAAAUGGUGUUGAGUAUGACUCUGUUUCCAACAACGGUAGUUUAUCUGGCGAAUCAGAAGAGCACAAAGAGAAAACGUCUCCUCCCCCUCUUCGUCUGGAGGCAGUACCCGGAGCUGAUAAUGGAAAACGGGAAAAAAUCCGUCAAAAGAAUGAGAGGAAGCAUCAGCGUCAAAAAGAGAAGCGAGCCCAAGAAUUGCAUGAGCGGUGCAGUGGCUAUCUCAUGUCAAGAAAGCUAGAAGCACUUGCCCAACAACUUGUGGCAAUGGGUUUCUCUUCAGAACGGGCCACUAUGGCUCUUAUUCUGAACGAAGGCAGAGUAGAGGAAUCGGUAGCAUGGUUGUUUGAAGGAGUUGAAGAAACAGAUAAGCAAAGGGAACAUAACCUUGAUGCUCGGAACAAUUUGAAAAUUGACAUAACCAAGGAGCUUGCACGGAUAGCAGACAUGGAAAUUAUGUACAAGUGCUCCAAGCAGGAGGUUGAACGUGCUAUAGUUGCCUGUGAGGGUGAUCUUGAGAAGGCAGAAGAAACUUUACGAGUGCAGAAGCAGGAACCUCCCUUUACCCCAUUUAAGCCAGAAGAAACCGGUGAUCCCACUGCCAGUCAUGGUAAGCUUCCACUAGCUAUGAGUCAGAACUUGAUUAGGGCACAAACAAAACGAGCUUCAUCUAACACUGGACAACUGAAAGAGGAUGAAAAAGACUUCAACUAUACAAAAAUAGUCGAUACGGUGGGAUCAUCUGUGGAUUCUGGGAGCAAAAAGAUGCAGUCUUUGAAGAGGAUUCAACCGAAGUUGGAAUGGGAAAAACCGCAACAAAGUGCAGGACAGCCUGAGAAAUGGUGGCCAAGCUCAAGAUCAAAUCCUUCUGUUUCCUAUUCUUUGGCAUCACCUUUGCAUGUGUCACCUUCACCAGCCAUGACAGAAACGCGGUAUGUGGCUGUUGGAAAUGAAUUAAAGAACCUUCAGCUGGGGUCAGUUAAAGAACCAGUUAUAGUUAUGCAGCGACCUCAGUCCAUUAAUCCGAGGCAGAUGCCCGCUACGUGUGUAAGCAUAUCUCCUUCUGGGACAGCAGCUGGUUGGUAUCCUCCUGUUGAAACAAUGAAGGCCAAUGGCUUGAUGCCACAAAUUUCUAGCUCAAGAAAACUUACCCCAAACAACGCAAAUACUAAUCAGUUGUUCAGCCAACUUCAUUAUCUACAUCAGCAGCAAAUUGUGUCAAGCACCGGCUCAUUGGAAUCUCUGGGAACAAGUCGAGGGAGUAAUAUGUUGAAUAGAAGAACAGGCGCUUCUUCAACACUCGCUGCCGCUUCCUCCCUUGGGCUUUUCUCUGGGUCGGGAUCAAAUGGCUCAUCGUGGUCAUCAUCUCCUGUGGACUGGAAUACCAGUGGCUCAAUGACGCAGUCAGAUUACACCAAUAUAGACUGGAGUGUAGAUGGUGGGCCUUCUAUGCCAAGGCCAACUGGGAAUUUGCGAGGCACUAGCUCUUUUACGCAAACCACUGAGUCUCGGACAUAUGCUUCAUAUAAUUCCGCGCAGAACAUUGGCGCCUCGACGAGACCGGUUCUUUCCAACAAAAAUGGUGUUUCAGUAAGGGGAUUGCCGGAUGGGAUUGCUUCUAAUGAAGCAGCUGUUGGUAGUUCUCGUGAAUGGACUUCUCCUUUUGAAGAGGAAGACCUUUUCAGUUUACCAAGGCAAUUUGUUUAUUCUCCCCCUCUCUAGAGUGAUGGGGGAGGAGUGAAAAGAAUAAAAUGUGUGAAAAGGGAAAAGAACAAAAAAGAAUUUUCUUUGGAUUUGAUCAUGGUGUUGGGUCGAAUGAUGCUUGCCUUCUUCAUGACUGUUAGUGGUUAACCUUGCUGGAAUAAGCAUCUAACCGCCCCCUGAUGUGCUGUUUGGUUUCUCCUUUUCCCCCCUUAUUUUUCACAGUAGUUUUAGAGAAACAUGCACACGCCCAGAGAGAGAGAGAUUACCACCAAGUGAGUGAUUCAGUAGGCUACCAGUCUGAAUUUUUU